CCUCACGUCCCCUCCUAUACAAUAAACCGCUAUGGCAUCUCGUCGAGGCGUCGGUCUAGGUGCUUUCGCGAACCGCUCCCAAGCCAGCCAAUCUUACGCUAACCAUGGCGCCAAUUUGCGCUCCACGCACCUCUCCUCCCUACAGACACAACUAUCCGUGUUCCAGUCAUUACUCCACACCUUCGCCUUAGAACAUAGCUCAACGAUCAAAUCGAAUCCAACAUUCCGCGCAGAAUUUGCGCGCAUGUGCAAUGUCAUCGGUGUCGAUCCCCUGGCAGCGAGCAAUGUUAAAGGCAAAAAUGGUCGGAAAGGAAUGGGUGAGGGCGCCAGCUUCUGGACCCAAAUUAUGGGAGGGGAUAUGAACGACUUCUACUUCGAGGUUGCAGUCCGUGUAGUGGAGCUCUGCCGAGAAACCAGAAGUGAUAACGGCGGCCUGAUAGGCGUCCAAGAAUGUCGUAAACGAGUAGGGAAAGGCAAGGCUUUGGGAAGUGGUUUAGAAGUAACUGAUGACGAUGUCCUACGCGCGGUCAAAGCAUUAGAACCCUUAGGCUCGGGCCUAUCGAUUAUCCGGGUUGGCAGCAAACAAUAUAUACGAUCAGUCCCCAAGGAACUCAACACAGACCAGGCCACGGUGCUCGAAGUUAUUCAGAUCCUUGGCUACGUGAGUAUAUCCAUGCUGCAACUAAACUUGAACUGGGAAAAGGCUCGGGCGCAGACUGUUAUUGAUGACCUCCUGGCGGACGGCCUAGUUUGGCUUGAUUCCCAGGGCGAAGAGAAUGAGUAUUGGUCGCCGCAGAACCUUCUCAACGAUAGUGGAUGAGGCUUCUUUUCGCUGAAAUACCACCUUAGUCGUGAGACCUUCACAACGGUGUCAGGAUAUUAUCUCGACCGGGUGGACGAUACCCAACAUUGACCUCGGUGGGCCAUACUGAACCACUGCUAUAGGCGUGCACAUGCAGCUACUGCUGGGAUGCAUAAGAAGUGAUUGAAGAAUACGGUAAUAAAAGAAAACAGGCCGUGGAAAUGUGUUGUUUGGCGACAUAUUUAGAAUAACCCCUCUCAGGCUAUUUACGGGAGAAAGAUAUAUAUUACAGAGGCGGGUAAUCCGCAAUUGACGGAGGCCCGAGAAGAAUUUAACGGACCUAGUGAAUAUCUAUGGGAACUAAG